AUGCAUCAGAGAGUGAAGGAGCAAGUGCACGAGGAAUGGGAGGCAAUGGGAGUGGAGCAGCUGCGUCUCAGCACCGUGGAUCUAACCGGAGUCCCCACCUUGGAAAACCUCCACAAGGGUGUUGAAUUCAUCCUGAAACACCGAGCCUGCGGCAACAGCGUCUACGUGCACUGCAAGGCAGGGCGCUCCCGCAGUGCCACCGUGGUGGCAGCAUAUUUAAUUCGACUGCAUCACUGGAGCCCUCGGGAAGCAAUAGAGGCUAUUGCCAAGAUCCGUCCCCACAUCCUCAUCCGGCACAAGCAAGUCCAGGUCCUGGAGACAUUCCACAGGAACAUGAUUGCUGGGACAACUGCAUAG